UUUGGGGAUUUAUUUACCGCUACACUACAUUUCCAUUUCCCUCUAUUGACUGUAAGAGAUUCCCUUGUCAAAUUAUCACUUUGAAUUUAUUUUUCUACAAUAAAAUGGAUACUCCUGAGUUGACUGAAUAUGAAUCUGCACCAAGUAUUCGUGUCCAUAAACGUGAGACAAAGCACAGAAUAUUUGUCAACCGGAGCUUGCAGCUAGACAAAAUAAAGUUUUUCGGAUUCGAUAUGGACUACACUCUAGCACAGUAUAAAUCACCACAAUAUGAAGAGCUUGCAUUUAAUAUUAUAAAAAACCGGCUGAUAAAACUUGGCUAUCCUCCGAAAACUUCUGAUUUUGUUUAUGAUCCCUCGUUCCCGCUGAGAGGCCUAUGGUUUGAUCGGCUUUAUGGUACUCUGUUAAAAAUGGAUCAGUUUGGCAAUAUUCUUUCAUGUUUACGUGGAUUUAAUUUUAUCCAAAGGGAAGAACUUCGAUCAAUGUAUCCAAAUAAGUUUGUGAAGUACGACGAGAAACGAAUUGAAAUAAUGAACACUUUGUUCAGUCUUCCAGAAACCUACAUACUCUCAUGUAUAAUCCAUAUGUUCGUCAACGAUCCUGAUUAUAUAAAAGUUGAGCAUGGUGUCAAAAAAGGAUCUCUGUAUAUGUCAUACGCUUCAAUUUAUGAAGAUGUAAGAACCGCUUGUGAUUGGAUGCAUAGAGGAGAACUAAAACAACGUACUUUGGCAAAUAUUAGUGAAUAUGUCGAAAGAGAUCCACGUUUAUGUACUUUGUUAGAUCGGCUACGAGUGAAUGGUGCAAAAGUGUUUUUGUUAACGAACAGUGACUUUGAAUACUCUCAUGCAAUUAUGAGCUUCAUUUUGGGAGGUCCAAGACCUGAUGGUACAAUUCGUAAAUGGACAAGUUAUUUUGAUUACAUUGUAACUGACGCAAGAAAACCAGCAUUCUUUCAGGAAGGAACAAUUUUAAGAGUUGUUUGUCAAGAUACUGGGCAGCCCAGUAUUGGUCAUCAUAUGGGUCCUUUAGAAACUGGUCAAAUAUAUUCCGGAGGAUCAUGUGAAGUUUUUUCUAAUCUAAUUGGUGCUCGUGGUAAAGAUGUUUUAUAUGUUGGUGAUCAUGUUUAUGGUGAUAUAUUAAAAUCGAAAAAAACUGUCGGUUGGAGAACAUAUUUAAUUAUACCAGAAUUAGCAAAUGAAAUUUAUGUAUGGAAAAAAAAGAAAUCAUUAUUUGAUGAAUUACAAAAAAUUGAUAAUAAUUUAGAAACAAUCUAUCGUGAUUUGAAUAUCUCAUCGAAUAUAAGACCGGAUGUUGGAGAUUUACAGAGAAAAAUUCGGGCUGUGGCUCAACGAAUGGAAGAAUCUUAUGGUGCAUUGGGAAGUAUUUUCCGAAACGGUUCUCGUCAUACAUUCUUCUCAUCUCAAGUAUUACGUUAUGCCGAUUUAUAUUCUUUCUCUUGUAUUAAUCUGAUCUAUUAUCCUUUAUGUUAUAUGUUUCGUGCACCAGCUAUGCUUAUGCCUCAUGAAUCAACUGUAUCUCAUGGUGAUUCACCAAAAGAUAGUUUUUCCGAUUUAGAUGCUUUACCGUGUGGAAUUCGUCGACGUACUAAAAAUGAAAUCACUCCAUUAUCAACAGACAUAAAUGGUCUUAACUCUACUUUGGAGAGUUCACUUUAUUGUAAAAGUAAUAAUAAUACUAUUUGUGAAUCUGAUGAAGAACAGGAUGAUUCACUUGAUUCCGAUUAAAGUUAUUGAACUUCACCAAAUUUUUCUCUCUCUCACAAUUAGUUCUAUUAUUCUUAUCAAUGUAAACACGCUUAAGGAAUAAAGAAAAUAAUAAUAAAAGAAAAUUAAAAUAGAGAAAAUUGAAAAGAAAAAAAAGUACGUGUACACACACACACACACCUACAUACAUACACAUACGCAUACACGCUCAAACAAAUAAACAAACAUAAUCGCUUAUUAUAUAAAUAUAAAUAUGUUAAUUAAAACUUACUACCUACAUUGCCUGAUCAUUGUUAAUGUCUAUUCCAUUUAGUCAAUAUACACAUACACUUUUUAUUGUAUUUCUAGUCCGAUUCAAUAUGAUAAUUAGUAGAAUGAAUAUGAUAAUUAAAGCAAAUGAUUUUUGCGUUGUUUGUUUUUUUAUUAUUUAAUUAUUUAUUUAUUAUUUUUAUUGAUCAUUGAACAAUUGAAAUCCUGUGGGUUAUUUUAAAAAAAAAUCUAAUAACAAUGAAUUCACUGUUGAUUUAAUCAUUCAAUGGAAAUUAUUUUUAAUUCAAAUCAUCUUGAUGAUUGAUUGGUGACGACGCCUUACUUACUUAUUUACACCUGUUACUCCUGGUGAAGGAGCAUAGGCCGCUCACCAGCAUUCUCCACGCCUACAUUCUUAUAAUUAACCAUUUGAUUUCAUUAUCAUGAUUAUUAAUUAGUAUGAUUGUUUUGUCACUAAGUGAUGAUAAGAAUGUUUUACCUCCAAAAAAAAUGAUUAUUUUCUCUUUAUCCAUCUAUCUAUCUAUCUUCAUCCGUCAUUAUUAUUUGCCGAUGAAGAAAUAUAUCAAAAAAGAAAAGGAAAAAAAAGUAAUCCGAUAGGAUGGGAAAAUUUGGUGACUUUAUUUCAAAUAUAUAUCUAUAUAUAAGAAAUGAUUAGCUAUUUGGUGCUUUACAUAAUUGAUCUCAUUGUUUUAAAUCAUCAUUCAACUCAAUAUAUCAUAUGUACUACAUAUAUAUAUAAACGAAUUAUCUUUCACUGCUGCUUUCUGUUUUAUGACUAGAUAUGAUUGUUUCUUAUUUCAUUGAAUAUUUACAAUCAGAUAAUUUAUAUGGAUGAACUGCUGAAUUUAUUUAAUUAUUUUUUUCGCAAACAUUUUAAUUGUUGUUAUGUAAUUUCUUUCUUUUGUUUUUCUUCUUCUUCUUCAAAAAAAAAAAUCAUUUGGAUAUUUUGUCUAAUUGCUCAGUGUUACUAAUUAUCCACCCUCCUCAUAUGUGUUGGAUGAUAGGUGGGUGGGGGGUUGCUGAUUUCUCGCUUUUUAUAUUGAGUUGUAGUGUAAGUAGAAAUACACAUGUUGUUGUGUUUAGCAAUCAAUUGUGUACUUUAAGUUGGUUUUUCUUAUUGAUAUAUAUAUAUGUUAUCUAUCUGUUUACAUUCAUUAAUAUUUGUACUGGUAUAUAUAUUCUUUAGUGUGAUCAACAUUUCUUCCAUUUUCACUUACUAUAGUUAUCGCUUAUUUCUGUCUCUCUCUCUCUGACCCACUCACUUGUUAGCAGGAAUCAUUACAUGAGCUGUUUAUUCUUUUGCUUUUCUUCCCUCUUCCUGUUUCCUCGUCAUGUUUUGUUCUUAUUCUUCCUCAUUAUUUUUUGUUUGUUUUGUUUCUGUUCUCUAAUGAUAAAAUUUAUUUUUGAAUCAUUUGACUAUUUUGUUUUUGUAUUCCAUAGUAAUGGAAUAUCUUCAGAAUAAUUUCUAAUCCUUUAUAUGUCCCUCAUCUUUACAACCAAUAUUAAUAUCGUUCAGAAAAUAGGAAGCAUGAACUACAAUGUGUCAAUAUAUGGUGUAGAUCACAAAGUGAAUACUAACACAAAUACAAAUGUAAGCGUAUGAAUUAAUAAGAGAGCGAAUGAGUCAUUGAUCUAUAUUAGUAACUAACUAUUCAAGUUAACAAGAUGAAUAUGUAUGAGUAGACUGUAACAUGUGAUCAAGCCUACAUGCUCAUAGAAGCAUGAUAUUGAUACCAUAAUAUACAAAUUGUU